UUGAAUAAUGGCUUAUUAUUUUCUUUUAAUUCUAUUCAUAUAUUUUAAUUCUUUUUUAAAUUUAUCUAUAUAAUUAUUUUCUCUCUUCAUUUAUUAUUAAUAUUCACUUUUUUUUAAAAAAAUUUCUCUUUCUCUUUAAUGCAAUUCUAUUAAAAUAGAGGAGUAUAAGGUACAACUUUCAUAGCAAGAAGGAACUUUGUUUUUUUACCGGGCAGUGAAAUUAAACCAUUAUCCCACAAGUGGAAGGGAAAGCAUUCGAUGAUUUGGACACUAGACCAUCAAAUUUAAAUCAAAUAAUCAAAGAUAAAUUAAAAGCAAGAAAAAGACUCAUAAAUAGACUUAAUAAUUUAUAAAGGUUUCUCAAGAGACUGACAGUUAAUAAUUUGUAUGUGUUUUCCAAUAUAUAUUUUUUGAUGGAAGUGAAAAUAUAAAUGGAUAAUUGAUGAAUUAGAUAAAUUCUAGGUGGACUUUAACUCAUAAAAAUAAAUAUUUAGUUGAAUUAAAAGAAAAUUAAAACAGUAGAGUAGAGUUUUGAGGGAGUAAAAAAUAAGUGAGCAAUAGAUAAACGACACGUACGAAAAGCAAGAAAAAUCCAGGAAAAAGGGAAAGGAAAGCAAAGAAAAAUCUAAAUUCAGGAAAAAAAAAAAAAAAAAACAAGCUAAACGGAUUGGAUUGGGAAGCGUGAAAAUCGCCAACUUUAACCUGAUUUCUAUUCAAAAAAAGAAGAUUCCCACGCAUAUUCUCCUUCAAUCUCGCCUCUUUCUCAUCAUCUGUUCUUUCUACCUCUAUCCUCUAUUUCUCGCCCACCGUAUGCUUUUCAUUCUUCCAUUUUAAUCUUUUCUGAAUUUUUUUUUAUAUUUUGAUUUUCUCUUUGCCCAAUUAUUCGCUUCCACCCCAAAUCUUAUCCUUCCUUUUUUAUUUUUAAUUAAACUUUAUUGUAUUUAUAAUCUCUAAAUCAAUCAUAUUAUUCCAUUGAUCUUCAUUGCUUUCUUCUUCUACAACCACCCCUUUGCUUUUUGAUCCACCAAAACUAUUAAAUAAAUCCCAGUUUCUUUUAAAAUUAAAAUUAAAAAAAUGUCUUCCGUUUUUCUAUCCGAAGCUGAGCAGUUCCAAUUGCUCCAAAAACUCAACGUUUUCCGCAUCCAUGGCCGUGAUAAACAUGGUCGUAAAAUUCUCACCAUCCUCGCCAAAUUCUUCCCAGCUCGAAUUAGCGUGGAUGUGGUCAAGAAAUACUUGCAGGAAAAGAUAUACCCAAAAUUGCUGAAAAAAGGGGUAUUCUCUGUUCUUUACAUCCACACUGGUGUUGAUAGAGGACAGAAUUUCCCUGGAAUCUCAGCUCUCCGAUCUAUUUUCGAUGAUAUCCCACCAUCCGUUCAAAGCAAUCUUGAAACUGUUUAUUUUCUUCACCCUGGUCUACAGUCUCGCCUCUUUCUGGCCACCUUUGGUCGACUCUUCAUCUCCUCUGGGUUUUAUGGUAAGGUGAAGUAUCUAAAUAGGGUGGAUUUUCUGUGGGAAAACAUAAGGAGGAAUGCGAUUGAGAUACCAGAGUACGUGUACGAUCAUGAUGAAGAUCUGGAGUAUUGUCCAAUGAUGGAUUAUGGAUUGGAGAGUGAUCAUCCGAGGGUGUAUGGUGCACCCUCAUCGGAUUCCCUUGUGGCCACUUAUUCAAUGCGCUGCAUUUCAUAGUUGCGACCAAAUAAUGGAUGGAUAAUUUUGUGUUGUUUAAUAGGGUUUUAAUGUGGGAAUUUUAUGUUUCGUAGAUUUCUAGUACUUUCUUUCUGUUCUGUCCUUGCUUUUUUUUGAGCCAAAAAGGAGAAAAUUUGUCCCAAAAAUAAGUGCUGUGAUUUUAUGUAAAUAUUUUUUUGGGGGAGAUUAUAGUGUUUGCAUAAUGAAUUAAAUAUUUUAUGGCCUUGUUUGAUAAGCAGGAAUGAAAAAUUAAAAAGUACUUUCCCCCUUUUUUU